CUUCAUCUUCCUUCUCCUUCCAAACUCUCUUUCUCUCUCUAUAUCUUGUCUUUUCUCUCUCCAUGUCCGAACGCAUCCUGUCUCAAAAACCAUUGAAACAAACCUCGAUCUUUCUCCACUAGCAACUGAUCUAUACAUCCACACACAUUCAAAACAAUUCUCUGUACAGCUAUGGCCGCCGUCUCCUCUAACCCUCGCACCGUCGAAGAGAUCUUCAAAGAUUACACAUCUCGCCGCGCCGCUCUUCUUCGUGCUCUAACUAAAGAUUUGAUUUUUUUUUUUGUGUGUUGUGUAGAGAAGGAGAAUUUGUGUUUGUAUGGGCAUCCUAAUGAGUCGUGGGAAGUGAAUCUACCGGCGGAGGAAGUACCUCCGGAGCUACCUGAGCCAGCGCUUGGUAUCAAUUUCGCGAGAGAUGGGAUGCAGAGGAAAGAUUGGCUCUCUCUUGUUGCUGUUCAUAGUGAUUGUUGGUUGCUCUCUGUUUCUUUCUACUUUGGUGCUCGUCUUAAUCGCAACGAGAGGAAGCGGCUAUUCAGUCUGAUCAACGAUCUCCCAACUCUCUUUGAUGUAGUGACUGGUAGGAAACCAAUCAAAGACAAUAAGCCAAGCUCAGAUUCAGGAAGCAAAUCAAGAAACGGUGGCACUAAGAGAUCAAUAGAAGGGCAGCCAAAGAGCACAACACCAAAACUGAUGGAAGAGAGGUACGAAGAGGAAGAGGAUGAAGAAGAAGAAGAUGAGCAUGGAGACACUCUCUGUGGAAGCUGUGGAGGCAAUUACACACAAGAUGAGUUCUGGAUUGGUUGUGAUGUUUGUGAACGUUGGUACCAUGGAAAAUGCGUGAAGAUCACUCCCGCCAAAGCAGACAGCAUUAAGCAGUAUAAAUGCCCUCCUUGCUGUGCAAAGAAAGGAAGACAGUGA